GGGGUGGGACGACGCGAGCUCGGGCGCUGGGGCCGCGGGCCGCCAGGCCGAGAGUCGGGCGCCCUCCAGCUGCUGCUGCACUCGGGCCGCGCUGCGCGUGUGCCCUCGCCGAGGAUGUCCGCUUCGCUGGACCUCAAGUCGAAGGAGGAGAAGGACGCGGAGCUGGACAAGCGCAUCGAGGCGCUGCGGCUGAAGAACCAGGCGCUCAUCAGGCGCUACCAGGAGAUUGAGGAGGACCGCAAGAAGGCCGAGCAGGAGGGCAUUGCGGUGACCGGAGCCCGGAGGCCGCGCUCCACCGAGGGGGAGGCGCCGGAGAGGCGCCGGGGUGUGCCGGAUGCUCCCACACUCACGGUGCAGGUCGUGCUUUCCCCGCAGGAAAAGCGCGUGGUCAGCAGCGAGAGGAAACCCCCUGCCCCUCGCAAGAACCCCCACAGCGCCUCUAGCCCCCGUGCGGGGACAUACCUGGGCCAUUGCGCCCCGCGAGCAGAGGGCCCCCCUGAGCAGCCCGGCUGGGACGGGGCAGGCAGAGAUGGCCCAGGAGCUGGCAAGCGAGGCAGUGGGGGGCGCAGCCAGAGGCCCCAGGGGCGGGGAGGCCCCGCAGGAGACGCUGGGCCUGACCGAAGAUCCAAGGAGCGGGAAGAGCGUCGCCGUCAAAACAUUGAGAAAAUGAACGAGGAGAUGCAGCAGAUUGCAGCCUAUGAGCGCAGCCAGCGGGAUGGACUUCAGGAGAAGAAUCCCGUCCGCAACUUCCUGGAUGACCCGCGACGCAGCGGUCCCUUUGCAGAGUCAGACCGGCGGGAGGGGAGCCGGCGCCACAUUCGCAACUGGGGAGGACCAGAUUUCGACAAGGUCAAGACCAGCAUUGAGCGGGGCAAGGAGUGGUUCCCCCCGCAGGGCCGUGGAAGUGGCCGGCGCAGGGGAGCCGCAGGGGCAGCGGCUCUGGACAUGACGCUCUCCAUGACUGGCCGGGAACGGGCUGAAUACAUCCGCUGGAAGCAGGAGCGCGAGCAGAUCGACCAGGAGCGGCUGGCGCGGCAUCGCCAGCCCACGGGAGAAUGGCGCCGCGAGUGGGAUGCCGAGAAGGCGGAGGCGGAGUUCAAGGAGGGCGACCCAGCAGGCGCCUCCCCAGCCUGCAGGCGAGACGAGUCUAAGCGGACCCCCAGGCGCCCAACGUUUGGAGAGUUCCUGCCUGAGCAGCAGCGUGGCCGGCGCAGGGGCGGCAGAGGCUGUGGGCGCCCGCGGGGUGGAGCCUCCAAGCCCUACAGUAUGCACGACAAUCGCUGGGAGAGGGAGGAGCCCGCGCCAGCCACAGCCCCCUCGGGGAAGAAGACGGACCUCGCCACCAAGCAGCAGGUGGAACCUGUCUUACCCCACACAGGGCCAGCAGAGGAUGAGGAAGAGGAGGAAGACCAGUGGGAAGAUGUCAGUGGGGGGGAGGAAGAGGAAGAGGAGGAGGAAGCAGCAGUGGCUGGAGGCAGCGACAGGAGUGAGGGCUCCUCUACAAGGAGCAGGACCGGCAGUGAGGAGCAGGACCCGGGGCGGAAUGGGCACCUGUCCUCGGCCAUGCCUCCCUCCCAGGGCGAGGCGCCAAGCCCAGAAGGGAACCCCGUGGCUCCCUCCUCACCGGCCGAGGGGUACCCGCGUGUCUCAGACUGGGGAGAGGAGAUGGAGCUGAGCUCCCCGAGGGCAGAGGCUGCCCAGAGCCGCUUUCCUUUGAUCGCGCAGGAGGAGCCUUCAACAAGGGCUGGGAGGAGCCUUCCAGACUCUCUGGCCAAUCAAGGGUCCCCACUGGCGGCCUCGGCUGACGGGGAGGUGCCCCCUGCCCCCAGCGCCCCAGCGCCCGAGGCCGGCCAGGAGCUAGCAGCAGCGCAGGCCACAGAGAAGGACCUGCAAGAGCUCGGAACCGCAGUGGAGCCAGUGUCGGGACCCGUCCCCAGCCCGGAGGAAAUCGCCGACGUCCAACGGGAGCACCUGGAAGCCUGACGCAGAGAGAGCAGUCUCCUGGCAGGCAGCCACCUCCCCGGGGGAUGAUGGGAGUGGCACCCCUCUUCUUCGAUCUGGUGGACAGAGUUGUGACCCACUUUCUGCAGGAAAUCACUUGUGCCGCAGUCCAGAGGAAUUCCACCCGCCGCCACCACGACUGCCAAGCUGGAGCCUCAGAGCCACCCUGCAGCGCUCGCUCCGUGUGCCCCCGUGCACCAUGGCCCCUGCUGGAAGGACUGCUUGCUUCCUGGGGCAGGGGCCCUGCUUUUGUCCUGGCCUUGCCCCUGCCUGUCUCUCCAGCUCCUUAUCAGCCUCCCCUGCCCCCCAUGCACUGUUUGCUGGGCAGUCCAAGAAAGGGGGAAUCAGGAGGCCCUACAUGGGAUCAGGCCGGGCUGGCGCUUACUGUUCCCCUUCCCUGCCUCACCAGCCCUGUGGGAGAGGGCAGUGCCCGGGUGGGGCUGUUCCACAUUGGGCCCCCAUGAAAGGAUUUCUUACAAUAAAGGCUUGAAAGCA